AUGGCCACAACUCGCUCUCCAGUAUGGUCCGAAGCAUGUCGCUUAGAAGCACAAUGCGUAGUUUCUCCCUCUUCAACAGAAGAAAUUUCUCUUAUCAUGAAGAUUAUCUCAUUUCUUCAUGUAUCGUUUGCAGUUCGAAGUGGAGGUCAUUCUCCUAAUCCCAAUUGGUCAAGUAUUGAUUCGAACGGGAUAUUGAUUUCGACAUCGAAUUUGGAUAGUAUUAAUGUUAGUCCGGAUAAUUCGAUGGCUAGUAUUGGUUCCGGAUUAAGAUGGGGUGCGGUGUAUGAAGCGCUUGAUUCUUAUGGUGUGUCGGUUAUUGGUGGUAGGGUUCCGCAGGUUGGUGUAGGUGGCUUAUCCCAUUUUUCGGCUCAGCACGGACUGGCUGCUGAUAAUGUAAAGGAUUUUGAGGUUGUUCUAACGAGUGGCGAAAUCGUGAACGCAAACGCAGAUACUAACUCAGGUCUUUUCUGGGCAUUAAAAGGAGGUGGCCCUAACUUCGGUCUCGUGUACUCUGAACCUGCCACUUAUCCAGAAGCUUUUGCUCCAUUUGCCGCAAUACCAAAUGGUAUUGUCAGAAUUUCACCCACCAACGCAACGGUGACAUUCCUGAGUACCAUUCUUGGUACUGCAUUAGCAAUGCUUCUGCGCGCUUUUACCCUUCAAACAAUCCCACCAUCACUGGUCGCAGGUGGACUACCGUGA